CCGCCCCCUCCCCGGCGAUGAAGGCGAGCCCCGUGGCGAGCGCCGCGGCGGCGGCGGGGCCGGGGCAGGCGGCGGGGGGACCCGCGGGGGCGCCGCGGGAGCCCGAUGCGCGCUGGAGGGAGAAGGGAGAAGCGGAGGCGGAGAGGCAGCGCACCCGGGAGCGGCUGGAGGCCACGCUGGCCGGGCUGGGCGAGCUGGAGUACCUGAGACAGAGGCAGGAGCUGCUGGUGAAGAGCCUCCUGCUGCGGCGGCCGGCGGGAGCGGGGCCCGGGGCGCAGGGCGGCCGCGGGGAGCCGCAGGGAGAGGGGCCGCCGCCGCGCAGCCUGGAGGAGAAGUUCCUGGAGGAGAACAUCCUCCUCCUGAGGAGGCAGCUGAACUGCUUGAGGAGGAGGGACGCUGGGUUAUUAAAUCAGCUGCAAGAGCUGGAUAAGCAAAUAAGUGAUCUCCGCCUGGAUGUGGAAAAAACGACAGAUGAACACCUGGAGACAGACAGUCGUCCAAGUUCAGGGUUUUAUGAGCUGAGUGAUGGAGCUUCUGGAUCGCUUUCCAAUUCAUCUAACUCUGUCUUCAGUGAGUGUUUAUCCAGUUGCCAUUCUAGCACUUGCUUUUGCAGCCCUUUGGAGGCAACACUGAAUAUCUCAGAUGGACGCCCUAAAUCUGCAGAUCUCAUAGGCUGGAUGGACUAUAAUAAGGAAGGCCAGCAUGAGGACCAGACCGCAGGCUCUGUCUGUCGCUCUUUAUCCACACCGCACUCAAAUUCCCUCGAUGUCGUUGCAGAUGUUCAUCCCAAGUACCAGUGCGAUCUGGUGUCUAAAAACGGGAACGACAUCUACCGCUACCCCAGCCCGCUCCACGCCGUGGCUGUGCAGAGCCCCAUGUUCCUUCUCCCCGUGACUGAGAACCCCCAGCGAGAAGAGGAGAGGCUCGCUUGCGAUAUGAGCGACGUUUGCACCCCUUCCGAAACGGACUCGGGACAAUCCGCCAACGCCUUCCCCCCGCAGAGCUCCUGGCCGGCUCCGUGCCCUUCCGCCAGCAAGAGGAUAGACAGCUACAUCUUAAGCCUGGUUCAGAAAAAGACUCACGCAGUAAGGACUAACAAACCCCGGACGAGUCUCAACGCCGAUGCCACCAAAGGGAUCUUGAGGCACGGCAGCAUGUGCGUCCGGCCGCCGGCAGCAAUGGUGGCCCACGGCAACGUGGUCAACCUGAAGAGCUCCAAGCCGGUGUGUUUGCCUCCCGGUGGGGCGCCCGCUCCGGACCACACGGCUCCCUCCCCGUUAAAGCAGAGGCCGAGGGAGCCGGCUGGGGAGCAGCUGGAGAGUAGGAAGGCCCCUUUGCCGGCAGCUUUCCCACCAGGCUCAACAGCGGAACUCCAGAGCAAACACCUGCCACGGGGCGUCAAACCGGCACCGCCGGAGCUGGGCCGCAACGCCACGGCCACAGCCGGGGAUGCGCCCAAGGAGAACGGCCAGCUCUUUGCUGCGGCUCCCAAAGAGACUCCAGGGAAGCCGGUGGUGCUGCAGCCAGAGAGCAGGGUCAGCCAGCCUCCCAAAAAGAUCCUGUUGAAGAACAGCUUGCAGGCAGCUCGCUCCGCAUCACCAGCAGUCGAGGAGAGACCCGCGCUGGAUUUCAAAAGCGAGGGCUCUUCCUCGCAGAGCCUGGAUGAUGGGCUGCUAGUGAAUGCCCAGUACAUCCCGGCCCAGCAGCAAAGCAUGAAGCUUCACAAAGGCACCCGGAAUGUCAAGAUUUUGAAAAGCUCUGCCUUGAAACACAGGUCCCACCUUGCCAACGGGGUGGAAAACAGCUCACAGACCUUGCGGGAGAAAGCCAAACUGGUCGGCAAGAAGUGCCGCUUUCCUGAGGAGUUGGAUACAAAUAAGAAACUGAAAAAGCCCUCGUCGCGGGGGAAGAGAGGCAGCGGCUUGCCGAUGGAGCUGAGCCUCCCGGGCCGGCAGGCUGGCCUGCACAGAUCCGCCCUCCGCUCCCAUGGGCACGGCCGGGAGGUUGUGGUGGCCAAGCCCAAACACAAGCGUGCCGACUACCGCCGCUGGAAGUCCUCGGCGGAGAUCUCCUACGAGGAGGCCCUGCGGAGGGCGAGGAGGAACCGGCGGGAGGGCGUGGGGGUCUACUCACAGGUGCCGCUGCCCUAUGUCAGCCCCUACGCCUACGUGGCCAGCGACUCGGAGUACUCUGCCGAGUGCGAGUCCUUGUUCCACUCCACCGUGGUGGACACGAGCGAGGACGAGCAGAGCAACUACACCACAAACUGCUUUGGAGACAGCGAGUCAAGCCUGAGCGAGGUGGAGUUUGUAGGGGAGAGCACGACCACCAGCGACUCUGAUGAGAGCGGGGGCCUGAUUUGGUCCCAGUUUGUCCAGACGCUCCCCAUCCAGACAGUCACGGCGCCGGAGCUGCAUGAAAAUGCGGCCAAGGCCUUUGUCAAAAUCAAAGCCUCCCAUAACCUCAAGAAGAAGAUCCUCCGCUUUCGGUCAGGCUCCCUGAAGCUCAUGACGACCGUCUAGUGAGGUGACUUGGUGGAAUGUAUCUGCUUCUGCUUUCGGAAGCAAGGUGCUUUUUUUUGUACAUAUUUCCACAGAUUUUUUUUUUUUUUUAAACAAAUAUUUAAAACUUAAGGUAAAUUAUGUCACUUGUCUUCAGAACUUGGGUGGAUACUAGUGCCUUUUAUGUGGAAAUAAAAGACCGUUACACUUGUU